ACUCGACAACAUCUGCCUCUGGAGCGAGGAGUGUGCGUUUACGGGCAAGGAUAGUUUCGUUUCCCCCAGUUUCCCCCAUUGCUAAAGACGAAUUUUUUGCGUUGGUUCAUUGAAGCUUUCGGUGGGCUGAUCCUGCCUUCCCUCAUCAACCUCAUACACUUCCGCUGCCCCGCCACUAUCUUGGAACUACCUGUGUUCGUACGUGGAUGGCAACUUUCCAGGUGCUUUCAAGAUGGUAAUGAGAGCGCGACAGAAAAUUCGGGCUCCCCGGAAGGGAAUUCCCGUAAGCGGAGACGAAUUCGAGAAAAAUUGGAAGGAUUUAUCGACGUCUCUAAAGAAAAUACAUACGAAAGACGCCUCAGAGUUGUCGUUCGAGCAACUAUAUCGGAACGCCUAUAGCAUCGUAAAAAUUCAGCGUGCCGAAGACUUGUACGAGCGGACAAAGGAACUUGAGAAAGAAUGGCUAUGUGGUGAAGUUCAAAAGCGAGUCGUUGCCGCAAUCACGCCUAGGCUGUUGCUCGCCAAAGAGGCCGUGGAUAUGCAAGACCAAUUUACGGAGGCUACGGAGAGGCGGGAGACCGGGGAGAGAUUCCUUUCGGCCCUAAGUGAGGUGUGGGAGGACCAUCAGAUCUGUAUGAAGAUGAUUACGGACGUUUUAAUGUACAUGGAUCGAGUCGUUGCGCUUAGGAAAGUUUCCAUAUACGCCGCCGCCAUGGCAUUAUUUCGCGAUCACGUUUUGCGGUCACCUGUGUCGUCGAGUAAUAAUGCCGUCGUCGCUGAUGUGCUCAAGUCUACGGUGUUAUUCAUGAUCCAGUUGGAAAGAUCAGGGCACAUGAUAGACCGAGCUUUAAUCCACAGCUGCAUUAAGAUGCUGGAGGGCCUGUACGAAACGGAGGCGGAAGAGGAGUCUUCUAAGCUUUAUUUGACGUCUUUUGAACCGGACUACUUAGAGGCAAGCGCAGCGUUCUAUCGCGCCGAGGGCAAGCGACUGCUAGAAACGGUCGACGCUGCUACGUUCUGCGCUGUUGUCUCUGCUCGCAUAGCGGAAGAAAAGGAACGCUGUCAGUAUACGAUCUCUCUCCUUAGCGAAUCAAAAAUCAAGGAGAUAGUGGAUAACGAGUUGAUCCGCAAUAAUUUGGCCGAAGUUGUCAAUUUUGAGGGGACCGGGGUUCGAGUCAUGCUGGACCACGACAGGAUAGACAAUCUAAGCAAGAUUUAUGCUCUCAGCGCACGGGUGGAUCCUAAAAAGACCCAUCUGACUGCCGCUGUACAGAAGCGUAUAGUCGAAAUGGGUAACGAAAUCAACAAUGCUUCAUUUGCUUUAGCACAGGCACCUGCACAGCCUAAGUCAACUGGGACAGACGCAGGUCAGAAAAAAGAGAAGGAAAAAGAGAAGCCCGUGAAUCAAGUCACAUCAUCUGCCAUCAAAUGGGUGGAUGACAUUCUUGCCCUCAAGAAGAAGUUUGAUGGUAUCUGGAAAGAUGCCUUUGGGUCUGACCAGGUGCUACAAAGCGCGAUUACGGCAAGUUUUUCGAGCUUCCUCAAUUCCACCCCCCGCAGCUCAGAGUUUCUUUCGCUCUUUUUUGACGAGAACCUCAAGAAGGGCGUUAAGGGUAAAACGGACAACGAGGUUGAUGCUCUUCUAGAGAACGGAAUCACCCUGCUGCGUUAUAUCAAAGACAAAGACCGCUUUGAGGCCUACUACAAAAAACACCUUUCUCGACGACUACUCAUGAAGCGUUCGAUGAGCAUGGACGCAGAGAGACAGAUGAUCUCCAAAAUGAAGAUGGAAGUCGGCAAUCAAUUCACCCAGCGAUUAGAGGCCAUGUUUAGAGACAUGACCAUAUCGGAGGAUCUGACUGCAAGCUAUAAACAGUUUGUACGGGAACAGGGUGACCCCGAUAAAAAGCGAUUCGAGCUGGACAUCAAUGUCCUUACCAGCACUAUGUGGCCAAUGGAAAUAAUGUCGAGCUCAAGGGAUGGUCAGGUUGAGCUUCCGUGCAUCAUCCCUAAGGAGGUUGAGACUGUCAAGCAGAGCUUUGAGAAGUUCUAUCUGGACAAACAUAGCGGCCGCAAACUUUCGUGGCAGCCAAGUAUGGGUACAGCUGACAUUAAAGCAACUUUUCAUCGGUCAAAUGGCAAAGUGCAGCGUCACGAACUCAACGUGUCCACUUACGCUAUGUUUAUUCUUUUACUUUUCAAUGACAUUCCCAUAGGCGAGUCCCUCACAUUCGAGGAGAUCCAGGCGCGCACACGGAUUCCAGAUAACGAUCUCAUUCGAAACUUACAGUCACUUGCCGUUGCACCCAAGACUCGAGUCCUCAAGAAGGUCCCGAUGAGUAGGGACGUCAAACCGACGGAUAAGUUCUAUUUCAACAAUGAUUUCCAAAGUCCAUUCAUGAAAGUACGAAUCGGUGUGGUCAGCGGCGGAGCCAACAAGGUCGAGAGCCAGGACCAGAGAAAGGAGACAGAGGAGAAGAUGAACAACGAGCGCGGCGGCAGUAUUGAGGCCGCUAUUGUGCGCAUCAUGAAACAACGCAAAACAUUAAUCCAUUCAAACCUUAUUAGCGAAGUGCUUAGCCAGUUAUCUGCCCGUUUCGUACCCGACGUUAACAUGGUCAAGCGGCGAAUCGAAAGUCUAAUUGAUCGCGAGUACCUCGAGCGUGUUUCCGAGGACCCCCCGACAUACGGUUAUGUUGCGUGA